UGGGAAACUUUGGGGAUGAGUGACGUCACUGAUGCUUUUAACUCCAUGUGUCCCGGCCAGGAAGGGGGAGGAGUGGCAGGCACUGAGUUCGUUCAAUGCAGUCUGGGCUUUGGGUUUCCCACCCAUUCCCUCUUGGUGCGUUUUUACUGCAAGGCGCCGGGAGUGAGAGAUUCAGAUGUGUUGGCUCAGCAGGAUGGACAGGGAUCCUUAGCUCGGCCGAGAUUCUGUGCCAAGAUGCCUAUUCUCAAGCAAUCCAAUUCCAAAAAGAAACUGCGCAUUGAUAGAGACAUGAUUAGUGCCCCUUUGGGGGAUUUUAGGCACACCAUGCAUGUCGGCAGAGGAGGAGAUGUCUUUGGCGAUACAUCCUUCCUGAGCAAUCAUGGGCCUUCCUCUGCUUCACAAGUGGAAGUCCAAGCCCCAAAGAAGAAUGGCCUUACGACGCAUGGUUCUGGAGAUCAAGAGGAAAGUAAAACGGCAGACUCUCUUAGUCAGAUUUCACAGUCCUCUGGAAUAGGGUCAGGCGCAGGAAGUGUCUCCUCCAGCCCAAUAAACAACAUCCCAUCCAAAGAUGAUAACUUGUGGAACAGCGGCAGCAGUGUUGGACAGAGAGAUCAGCUCGACUGGCUCUCCCCUGGAAAGAACUGUGGGAUGAAGCAUGCAGAAUCUAUUUUGUCUUUCCAUCUUGACUUGGGACCUUCCAUCUUGGAUGAAGUGUUGGGUGUAAUGGACAAAGAUAUUUCUUCCACUGACUGGAAUAGUACAGAUGACCAGUUUAAUUUUGGGUACAAAUGCUCCCCAGCUGGCACAGCAGAAAAUGAAAAACUAAUACCAGCUUCCUUGGCAGAAACAAAAGGAGUCCACUGUAAUAUGUCAAACACUCUGCCAAUCACAAACCUCAAUGUACACCACAACUCAAUCACUACCUCUGAAAACCCGGAAGGUAACCAGUCCACUUAUGAGGGCGACAGCGAAGAAGAAAAACGCUCUAUCUACGAGGGAAUUGCCGAUGAUCCAGAGUCGCACGACGGCCACCUACACACAAGCCACCGAGUACAAGUGGAGGAGGACGAUGAUGAUGAUGAUGACGACGACGAUGCAGGGCAGGGAUACACAUUUGAUGAAGACCUCGAUGAUGAAAUUGGUGUAUAGGAGUGAAAAUUGGAUUGGUGAACUCUUAUCUACUGCGCUUACACUUGUUUGAGAACAGUGAUCAACCAAAGGUCAAUCAUUGUAAAUGGGAUUUUAAAUAAAACUCUUAAAUAGAACUAUAUAAGGAAAGGAACUUAUCUAAACAAUGACCUUUUCCCAUCUAAUAGAACUUUGUACAUAACCACCCCCCCCCUUAUAUCUUGGCUUUGGUUAAAAAAAAAAGUAGACCAUAAUUGCUGGAAUCUUUUAUUAACAUUCAUGCACACUACAAUUAUAUUUUCAUUUAAUGGAGUAUGUUUGGGACACUUGACAGAAAGAUAUAUGGAAAAACAUAUCCAUUCUAAGGACAUUUUAAAAAGGGUUGCUGUUGUGAUUGUUAAAGAAAAAUGUCACAGUAGAUCAGAAAUGUGAUCAAGUUAGGCACAUAUUUGUUUUUCACAUAAAAGGAGUAUUAACCAUAUUUUAAAUGCAAUAUUUGCCCCCUGUUGGCCAUAUUCCCUUAACUUAGCAUAGAGCAGGGCUCAGUGUACAAGUAAGUGGUAGGAGAAGACCUUCUCUUGGUGGGUUUAAGCACAUGCACUCAUGUACAAGUUAGGGGUUAUUAUGCCUUUUUUUUGUUUGACAAUGUUUUGUGUUGGAUAAAGGGGCGAGGGUGCAACCACAAAAACGGAAAUUCUUUUACAAUAUUAUAGUUUUCACACAGUCUUUUAUAUAUAUAUAUAUAUAUAUAUAUAUAUAUAUAUAUAUAUUGUAUAUUGACUAAAGGAUUUUUGUACAUCAUGAACACUAAAGAAGGACUAUUUAUUGGCCGAGGCUUUUGGAAUGGAAGUGGAAGACCUUUUCUCUCAUCUCCUGUUGGGUAGUUAGACCAUCACAAGGUGCUUUUAUGGACUGGUCUGGGAAAGAGGCACUACUGCUUCUACAAAGUCCUGCUCUUGACACAAUGCUGCAACGUUUUAUACCUGGCUGCUUGUGGUCUGCAGUGUGAGCCGGAAAAGUUUUUUUUUUUCUUCAAUGAUUUCUUGAAGUUACACCAAGGCUUUCUGUAAUGUGUCUCUCAUAAUGACUUUCUUGUUGAUGUUAAAAGGAAACUACAAAUCUGUCAGCAGCCCAAGUGCCAUCAUGGAGCCUUGACUAUAAGCGAUAUAGGCUAAGCAUUUAUUAAAUCAUUACUCUUGUGGAUAGAGGGAAAAUUUAUAGCAUGAUUUAUAUUCCUCUUAAGUGGCAGUAAUGCUGUCUGAGGUAGAUCACCUGGUUUUUCAACCAUUGUUUUGGAAGCAUACCUGAGCCAAUAACCAUCCAGCUCUGCCAAGAGUUGAACAAGUUUGCCACACCAGUAUUGGUCCAUUUUUGACUAAGUUAAAGUAUAAAUGCGUUAUCUUAUUGCUUGGCUAGAACAGUGAUCUUCAAUCAGCAGCAGCAACUGGAGGUCACUGGCCUUGGAAAUCCUUUGUUAACAUUAACAGUUGGCUGUGGGCUGCCAUGAUUUCAAACUCAACAGAAACCUCCUCAGUAGGCUCCUAUUGCAAGAAAAUCAUCUCUUUGUGAACACUAAAAGCUUUUGUCUAGUAGAGCUGCUGCCAGCAGUAAAGCAACUCCUGCUUGUAUGUACAGUAUAUAAAUCCAGAGGAUCCAUGGCUUUUGCACACAUUGAGUUAGGUUCUUAUACUUUACUGUCCAAUAGGAAACAAGAGAAUGGAACCCCAUUUAUAAAUAAGGUAUAACUUAACUUACAUGCUAUCCCACAGCUUCAGUUUGUAGACUCCAAGCAGGAUUCAGCCAUAUGUUCUCAUGGUUUUGGCACAACACUCCUAUGCGUAUAUAUUUUUAUUUUUGUGCCUGUAUAAGAAGAAAAGUUGCUUUACGAUAUGUCAUAUAGUACAAUUUUUAUAAAUAUUUUUCCAGCAUUAAAAAUAUCUUUACAUUGGUUUA